AUGGGGAGGGCCUGCAAUGAGUUCACCACCCAUGUGAUGAAUCUACUCAGGGAGCAAAGCCGCACUCGACCCAUCUCACCCAAGGAAAUUGAGCGCAUGGUGGGUAUCAUCCACCGCAAGUUCAGUUCAAUUCAAAUGCAGCUCAAGCAAAGUACAUGUGAGGCCGUAAUGAUCCUUCGCUCUAGAUUCCUGGAUGCACGGAGGAAGAGAAGAAACUUCAACAAGCAAGCUACAGAGAUCCUCAAUGAAUAUUUUUAUUCCCACCUCAGCAACCCGUACCCCAGUGAGGAAGCCAAAGAAGAACUUGCCAAGAAAUGUGCCAUCACGGUAUCACAGGUAUCAAACUGGUUUGGAAAUAAGCGAAUCCGCUACAAGAAGAACAUAGGUAAAUUUCAAGAGGAAGCCAAUAUUUAUGCUGCCAAAACAGCUGUGACUGCUACAAAUGUGUCAGUUCACGGAAGUCAAGCCAAUUCGCCCUCAACUCCCAGUUCCGCUGGAAGCAAACAGACGUCACGAGGGGCAGAGCAACCACAAAACAAAAUACAGUUCCUGUCACCGCAGAGCCUUGGUUCUUCCAGUUCUUUUAACAUGUCAAACUCUGGAGAUUUGUUCAUGAGCGUGCAGUCUCACAAUGGGGAUUCUUACCAGGGUGCCCAGGUUGGAGCCAACGUACAGUCUCAGACAUUUCUGUGUGUUUUGCAGGCUAACGGAGGGUGGCAGGAGGCAGCUACCCCUUCUUCUGUGACUUCCCCUACAGAAGAACCUGGCAGCGUACACUCUGAUACAUCUAACUGAGCAACUGCUCAUUAACUUCAGCACGAGAUCCCGGCCUAUCACUUUGACUGCCAGACAGACAGAUGCCACACUUUGACAUGGAAUCAGUAAAAGAAAAAGAAAAAAAAAGGAACUUUUUCGCCAGACAACGUUGUCCUCAACACCUCAAUGAAAAAAUGUCUCUUAUUUUGAUUCUCAUCAAACCUUGUCUGAAUAAGAGAUAAGUGGAACAUUCAAGACGUGUAGCAGAAUCAAAGCAUAGACAACAGCUACAACAACAUGUCGCUAUCUUUAUACAUAUUGCAAAAUAUAACAAAAACACAAAUGCUUUGUACACUUAUUCAGACCUCCAUCAUCUGUGUCACCACUUAAGGUCUCUUCCCCUUACAACAAGCAAAAGUUAUCCUGCAGAUACCAUUGCAGUUAUUGUGGUACAACCAAAUGUGACCUGGUGACCAAUUUGACAUUUUCAGUAAUAACUCCUAUUAACAAACAAACCAAGAUGCAGCCUUCAGGUAAAUGGUUUGUUCAGCAAAUUCACUAUAACUUCAGGGAGUGUUGAGGAAAUACUGGUGAACGACCUCAAGGAUGGUUCUGUCCUGGCUUUCCCCAAUCAUUAAUCUCAAAACACAGCUAUGUCCAUCGGUGUCCAAGUUUUCUUUGGGGAAUGAGCCUUUUGUGCCAAGUGCAAUCUCCAUGAUGUUUAUAUUUCUCUUUCUACCAAAUUGUAAACUAACUUAAUACCUGGAACAUGUCCUCAGUAACAUAUAGAUCCCUUAGACAUUGGUCCUUUAGCUCCUCUGCCCUUCUUUCCGUCCAUAGAUGGGGAAUGUGUUUCCUACCCCCAAAGAAAUGUUCUAGUCCCAUUAAACUGUAGGGACAAGUCUACAUCACAUUGUAUCACAUCUUCACCUGAGCCCUCUCCAACCUCCUAUAAACAACAAACUAUCUACUUCACCACAUCAGUAGGGACAAGUCUACAUCACAUUGUAUCACAUCUUCACCCGAGCCCUCUCUAACUUAUAAACAACAAACUAUCUACUUCACCAAAUCAGUAAGGACAAGUGUACACCACAUUAUAUCACAUCUUCACCCGAGCCCUCUCUAACCUCUUCCUAUAAACAACAAACUAUCUACUUCACUACAUCACAUCUUAUCACAUUUUCACUCGAGCCCUCUCCAACCUCCUAUAAACAACAAACUAUCUACUUCACCACAUCAGUAGGGACAAGUCUACAUCACAUUGUAUCACAUCUUCACCGAGCCCUCUCUAACCUCUUAUAAACAACAAACUAUCUACUUCACCACAUCAGUAGUAACAAGUGUACGCCACAUUGUAUCACAUCUUCACCGAGCCCUCUCUAACCUCUUAUAAACAACAAACUAUCUACUUCACCACAUCAGUAGGGACAAGUCUACAUCACAUUGUAUCACAUCUUCACCCGAGCCCUCUCUAACCUCCUAUAAACAACAAACUAUUUACUUCACCACAUCAGUAGGGACAUGUCUACAUCACAUCUUAUCACAUUUUCACUCGAGCCCUCUCCAACCUCCUAUAAACAACAAACUAUCUACUUCACCACAUCAGUAGGGACAAGUCUACAUCACAUUGUAUCACAUCUUCACCCUAGCCCUCUCUAACCUCCUAUAAACAACAAACUAUCUACUUCACCACAUCAGUAGGGACAAGUCUACAUCACAUCUUAUCACAUCUUCACCCGAGCCCUCUCUAACCUCCUAUAAACAACAAACUAUCUACUUCACCACAUCAGUAGGGACAAGUCUACAUCACAUUGUAUUACGUCUUCACCCGAGCCCUCUCUAACCUAUAAACAACAAACUAUCUACUUCACCACAUCAGUAGGGACAAGUCUACAUCACAUUCUAUCACAUCUUCACCCGAGCCCUCUCUAACCUCCUAUAAACAACAAACUAUCUACUUCACCACAUCAGUAGGGACAAGUCUACAUCACAUUGUAUUACGUCUUCACCCGAGCCCUCUCUAACCUAUAAACAACAAACUAUCUACUUCACCAGAUCAGUAGGGACAAGUCUACAUCACAUCUUAUCACAUCUUCACCCGAGCCCUCUCUAACCUCCUAUAAACAACAAACUGUCUACUUCACCACAUCAAUAGGGACAAGUGUACGCCACAUUGUAUCACAUCUUCACCCGAGCCCUCUCUAACCUCUUAUAAACAACAAACUAUCUACUUCAUCACAUCAGUAGGGACAAGUCUACAUCACAUUGUAUCACAUCUUCACCCGAGCCCUCUCUAACCUCUUAUAAACAACAAACUAUCUACUUCAUCACAUCAGUAGGGACAAGUCUACAUCACAUUGUAUCAUAUCUUCACCCGAGCCCUCUCUAACCUCCUAUAAACAACAAACUGUCUACUUCACCACAUCAAUAGGGACAAGUGUACGCCACAUUGUAUCACAUCUUCACCGAGCCCUCUCUAACCUCUUAUAAACAACAAACUAUCUACUUCACCACAUCAGUAGGGACAAGUCUACAUCACAUUGUAUCACAUCUUCACCAGAGCCCUCUCUAACCGCCUAUAAACAACAAACUAUCUACUUCACCACAUCAGUAGUAAAAAGUGUACGCCACAUUGUAUCACAUCUUCACCGAGCCCUCUCUAACCUCUUAUAAACAACAAACUAUCUACUUCACCACAUCAGUAGGGACAAGUCUACAUCACAUUGUAUCACAUCUUCACCCGAGCCCUCUCUAACCUCCUAUAAACAACAAACUAUCUACUUCACCACAUCAAUAGGGACAAGUGUAUGCCACAUUGUAUCACAUCUUCACCCGAGCCCUCUCUAACCUCCUAUAAACAACAAACUAUCUACUUCACCACAUCAGUAGGGACAUGUCUACAUCACAUUGUAUCACAUCUUCACCCGAGCCCUCUCUAACCUCCUAUAAACAGCAAACUAUCUACUUCACCACAUCAGUAGGGACAAGUCUACAUCACAUCUUAUCAAAUUUUCACCCGAGCCCUCUCUAACCUCCUAUAAACAACAAACUGUCUACUUCACCACAUCAAUAGGGACAAGUGUACGCCACAUUGUAUCACAUCUUCACCGAGCCCUCUCUAACCUCUUAUAAACAACAAACUAUCUACUUCACCACAUCAGUAGGGACAAGUCUACACCACAUUGUAUCACAUCUUCACCCGAGCCCUCUCUAACCUAUAAACAACAAACUAUCUACUUCACCACAUCAGUAGGGACAAGUCUACAUCACAUUGUAUCACAUCUUCACCCGAGCCCCCUCUAACCUCUUAUAAACAACAAACUAUCUACUUCAUCACAUCAGUAGGGACAAGUCUACAUCACAUUGUAUCACAUCUUCACCCGAGCCCUCUCUAACCUCCUGUAAACAACAAACUGUCUACUUCACCACAUCAAUAGGGACAAGUGUACGCCACAUUGUAUCACAUCUUCACCGAGCCCUCUAUAACCUCUUAUAAACAACAAACUAUCUACUUCACUACAUCAGUAGGGACAAGUCUACAUCACAUUGUAUCACAUCUUCACCCGAGCCCUCUCUAGCCUCUUAUAAACAACAAACUAUCUACUUCAUCACAUCAGUAGGGACAAGUCUACAUCACAUCUUCACCCGAGCCCUCUCUAACCUCCUAUAAACAACAAACUGUCUACUUCACCACAUCAAUAGGGACAAGUGUACGCCACAUUGUAUCACAUCUUCACCGAGCCCUCUCUAACCUCUUAUAAACAACAAACUAUCUACUUCACCACAUCAGUAGGGACAAGUCUAUAUCACAUUGUAUCACAUCUUCACCCGAGCCCUCUCUAGCCUCUUAUAAACAACAAACUAUCUACUUCACCACAUCAGUAGGGACAUGUCUACAUCACAUCUUAUCACAUUUUCACUCGAGCCCUCUCCAACCUCCUAUAAACAACAAACUAUCUACUUCACCACAUCAGUAGGGACAAGUCUACAUCACAUUGUAUCACAUCUUCACCCGAGCCCUCUCUAACCUCCUAUAAACAACAAACUAUCUACUUCACCACAUCAGUAGGGACAAGUCUACAUCACAUUGUAUCACAUCUUCACCGAGCCCUCUCUAACCUCCUAUAAACAACAAACAAUCUACUUCAACACAUCAGUAGGGACAAGUCUACAUCACAUCUUAUCACAUCUUCACCCGAGCCCUCUCUAACCUCCUAUAAACAACAAACUGUCUACUUCACCACAUCAAUAGGGACAAGUGUACGCCACAUUGUAUCACAUCUUCACCCGAGCCCUCUCUAACUUCUUAUAAACAACAAACUAUCUACUUCACCACAUCAGUAGGGACAAGUCUACAUCACAUUGUAUCACAUCUUCACCCGAGCCCCCUCUCUAACCUCCUAUAAACAACAAACUAUCUACUUCACCACAUCAGUAGGGACAAGUGUACGCCACAUUGUAUCACAUCUUCACCCGAGCCCUCUCUAACCUCCUAUAAACAACAAACUAUCUACUUCACCACAUCAGUAGGGACAAGUCUACAUCACAUUGUAUCACAUCUUCACCCGAGCCCUCUCUAACCUCCUAUAAACAGCAAACUAUCUACUUCACCACAUCAGUAGGGACAAGUCUACAUCACAUCUUAUCAAAUUUUCACCCGAGCCCUCUCUAACCUCCUAUAAACAACAAACUAUCUACUUCACCACAUCAGUAGGGACAAGUCUACAUCACAUUGUAUCACAUCUUCACCCGAGCCCUCUCUAACCUCCUAUAAACAACAAACUGUCUACUUCACCACAUCAGUAGGGACAAGUCUACAUCACAUUGUAUCACAUCUUCAUCCGAGCCCUCUCUAACCUCCUAUAAACAACAAACUAUCUACUUCACCACAUCAGUAGGGACAAGUCUACAUCACAUUGUAUCACAUCUUCACCCGAGCCCUCUCUAACCGCCUAUAAACAACAAACUAUCUACUUCAUCACAUCAGUAGGGACAAGUCUACAUCACAUUGUAUCACAUCUUCACCCGAGCCCUCUCUAACCUCUUAUAAACAACAAACUGUCUACUUCACCACAUCAGUAGGGACAAGUCUACAUCACAUUGUAUCACAUCUUCAUCCGAGCCCUCUCUAACCUCCUAUAAACAACAAACUAUCUACUUCACCACAUCAGUAGGGACAAGUCUACAUCACAUUGUAUCACAUCUUCACCCGAGCCCUCUCUAACCGCCUAUAAACAACAAACUAUCUACUUCAUCACAUCAGUAGGGACAAGUCUACAUCACAUUGUAUCACAUCUUCACCCGAGCCCUCUCUAACCUCUUAUAAACAACAAACUGUCUACUUCACCACAUCAGACAUAUAAUUCCCUCUGCUGUUGCCCAGAUUGAGACCUAUUUCCACUUCAUGGAUCAUUUUCUGACCAUGUCAGAUUUGUCUGACAGUUUUACAAAGGAUCCCGGCAAGUAUCAUCAAGUCAAGUCUGAUACCAAAUAGUUUGCACAGAGGUAAGACGAACACCAGGGAGUGAUCACAAAACUUGUGGUUCGUCAGUUAUAUCUGAGAUUAAAACAUUAUGCUGGAUGUAUAUUCUGAAGAAGAAAAGACUAAAAUACGUAUAAAAGAAAAAAAAGACAUCAAAAGCCAAAAACUUGUCCAGUUCAGAGAUCACAUGUUUUGCAUGAAAAUAGUUUCGGACUUCAAUUUUGUGUCUUUCAUAUUUUUACUUAGUUUUAAUAAAAAAAAACUACCUAUAUGGAAUUUAACACCUCA